AUGUCAGACUCACCCGCUGCCCCACCUCCACCACCACCACCACCACCGCCAUUCCGGGCCACAGUGGAGGAGUCCCUCAGCGUCCCCUCCUUUGGCAACGGCAGCGGCAGCGGCAGCGGAGGCGACAGCGCCAGCAUCACAAGCAGCACGCGCCGACGAUGGGACGAUCCCCCCGACGAGGAGCCGGGCCAGAUGCCCUCUGAAAACAUGACCAGCAUGGUCUUUGUCAAGACCAUGACCGCGCACCACGCCAACAACUUUGUGGGAAGCAAGACGGCGGCCGUGCAAGGCGAGGUGUCGUAUUUGGCUUUCAGUCCGGGUGACAUGCACGUUGCUGCUCUGGUGCCGAAGCAGAGCAACAUCAAGAGCUUCGACCCUGACGAGUCGAGUGCCUUGGCGGUGUGGGCGGUCAAAGAGGACGGCGGGGGGAGGACGCAUACGAGUUUGUUUGGGCUCAAGGUUCACAAGGGGUUCUGUUUCCGGCCUGGGAGGACGGUGGGCGGGGAUCCGGUGGUGGUCUGUCCUUUUUAUGUCAAGGUUAAGGGGUUGGAUGGGUUUGAUGCCCGACAGCCGUUGGUGGAGGUGUAUGAUUUGGGGAAGAGGGUUAGGUGGAGCAGGAAUGAGGUGCCGGUGAGGGCGCCGGUGGUGAUGAGUGAGGAUGGGGGGUUGGUGGCUGGGGUGUCGAGUAAGGACUCGAGCCGGGUGGUGGUUUGUGGGUUGGAGAAACUGAGGUUGUUGAAGGUGAGGACGAUGAUUAUCAAGCACACGGAGGAGGUGACGGGGAUGGGGUUCUUGCCCGAAGGGGGGGGGUUGGUGACGGCGGGGAGGGACGGGUAUGUGAGGGUUACGGAUCUACAUAGCGGGAAGACGCUGAAGAGGAUUGAGAUUGGGGCGAGGGCGGCGUGUGAUAUUUUGCAAGUGUCUGGGGAUGGGAAGGUGGUGGUGACGGUUUGGGGGAGAGAUGUGGUGCUGUGGUAUCUGGAGACGGGGAGGGUGCAUAAUUACAAUUUGAAUGUGGUCAGGCAAACAGAGGGGUGGCCUUUGGCCGUGUCGAAGGACUGCCGGUACCUGGCGUGCCGGACAGAAGACGGAUUCGACGUGAGCGAUGCGGCCAGUGGCGCCUUCAGGGGAGACUUUGCGACUCGAGCAUCCGUCAUCACCGCGGCUGCUUUUUCAAACGACUGCACAAAGAUUGCAGUGGGAGAUUUCGACGGGUAUGUGAAUGUUUUUGACAUGAUUACGGCUUGA